AGGUGGCUGGAUGCUGCUGCAGCCGCCGUCGUCCAGACGCUUGCGCACAGGCAAAAAGGCUCGGGUCACGCCCACGUUGUGAAAGUGGAAGCCUUCGACGUAGACAACACACCCAUCAAGCCGGCGUCUGGCGGCGGCUUCGCCAAAGACGACACGGCCGACUGGAAGUGGGUGCACCAAAAUGUAUGAGGCUGCAUGCAGCAUGUCCACGCGCAGGGUUUUCUCGUCGUGUUGUUCAGCAAUCAGGUGGAGAUCGGAAAGGGGCCGAGCUGGAAUGCGGAGAAGGCAGAUGCUGUGAUGGACAAGAUUGUGCAACUGAGCAGUGCAGCCGGUGUACCGCUCUGCGCGUCUGUGGCGACACGGGAGAACGUUUGGCGGAAGCCCAGCCCACAAAUGUGGGUGCUGUUGGAGGAGCGAAUUCAGAAAUGUGUGCGAGCUGCCUGUGUUGAUGCCACCGCUCUAUCCACUGUUGACUGCGCCGCGUACUCCUUUUACAUUGGCGACUCGGCGGUUUGUUCUGCAGUCCCGCUUGCAGCCCGCAAGGAGGGCUUCAGCUGCUCGGGCUGUCAGUUCGAGCUCAACGUGCAACUGCCCUUCUUGACGCCGGCACAGUUUCUCCUCGCCCCAGCAGGAGCCCUUUUCCAGACAGAUGCCUUGUGCAGCCGUGGCGGGCCGCUCUUGUCAGAGCUGCCGUCUCCAUCAUCAUCCAUGCGCCUGAGUGAUGCACUGCUGCGUCUGACGCGCGCCUCGCCAGCGUCGUUCGAGGCAUUCUCGUGGGGCGACGUGAGCCCAGCGGAGAGCAGCAGCUUCCGUGGCAGUACACGGGACUGUCAGCGCGCGUUAUCACGCCGACGGCGCUGGACAUCGUCGAGCUGCCCUGCCGUGCCGCCUCUUUUCGCCUGCCCUGAUAUGCAGGAGAUGAUCCUCCUUGUGGGCUACUCAGGCUAUGGCAAGUCCCCCUUCUACCACCGUCACCUGCGACCGUACGGGUACCGUCACAUCAGCCGUGACAAGAUGUUGACACGCGAGAGGUGCUUAAAGGAAGCCAGUGAGUACUGGGCCCGCGGACACAGCGUUGCGGUCGACAAGAAUCCCACAGUGGCAGACCAGCAGGCGUUCAUCGAUAUUGUGCGGCGUGUGUCGUCAGCGAAGAGGAAGAGGGGCACCACUGCGAGUGAUGGCGGAGGUGGGGGAGCAACGCCAUCGCCAAUGCUGGCUCGCAUUUUCAUGCUGAUGCACUCGCGCCGGUUGGCUAAUCAUAUGAACUAUGUGCGAGUGCAGGUGAAGGGAGCUCCUCACGUACCCUCGAUUGCGUACAACGUCUCUCAGUCGCCAUUGGAG